UUGUAAAAUGAAAGAAAUCUAAUCAUAAGCUCAUAAAAAUAUGUGAAAAUAUCCAUAUUCUUACAAGUAAAUUUUAGAAUACAACUUUUCUAAGAAAAAUAAUGAAGAAUUAUUUUGAGACCAUCUAAAAAAUAGAGAGUUCAAUUCAAAAUGAAAGGGCUAAAAGUAAGAGAUUUGGGAGCAAAAUACAAAAAGAUGGGUUGAGCAAGUUCCGUUUCUCUUUCCCCAUCUUCUUCCUUCUCCUUCUCUCCUAAGCCAAUCCAAAACUAGGACAAAGGUUUGCAAAAACUCUUCUUUACAUUCUCGCGCUCCUAUCUCUUUCCUUUCCAUUUCGCGAUUUGAGGAACAGGGGAAAUGAGACAAAGAGAGAGACACACACAUAUAUAUAGAGAAUCACUUGAUUUAUAUAUACAAAUAUAGAAAUUGAGGCGCGCUGUGUAUAAGACGGGGGUAAGGUAAAACAGGCAUGGGCUUUUUCCCUUGUUGUGGCGAUUCAUCCACCGCCAAGAGAGAAGACCGAAAGAGAAGCGCCGCCGCCAAAAGGACGGAGCACAAGAAGGACGAAAUUGCGCAGCCGGCCUCCGAUACACCAACAAGGGUUAGCCCUUGCCAAGGUGGGAAGAAGGAGGAAUGCAAUGAUGCAGCAAAUCAAUCUACUUCGGGCAAGGACGAGGAUUGCAAUCAAAGGAAGUCUGGAGGAGGAGGAGAAACAGAAACGGGCAAGGCGAGGACGUUUACCUUUGCUGAUCUCGUGGCUGCCACAGAAAACUUCAAGCAAGAAUUCUUUUUGGGUGAAGGAGGAUUUGGCAAAGUCUUUAAAGGUCGACUGAUUGUGGCUAUAAAGCAGCUUGAUCGCGAUGGAUGUCAAGGGAUUAGAGAGUUUGUUGUUGAAGUGUUGACCUUGAGUAUGGCCGACCACCCUAAUCUUGUUAAGCUAAUCGGUUAUUGUGCAGAGGGCGAUCAAAGACUUUUGGUUUAUGAGUAUAUGCCUCUCGGUUCAUUGGAAGACCAUUUAUAUGACCGCCGAUCGAAUAGGAAGCUUCUUGAUUGGAAUGUGAGGAUGAAGAUAGCAGCAGGUGCGGCAAGAGGGCUUGAGUAUUUACAUGACAAGAUGAAGCCGCCGGUGAUAUACCGCGAUUUGAAGUGCUCAAAUAUAUUGCUUGCCGAGGAUUAUCAUCCCAAACUGUCUGAUUUUGGGUUGGCGAAGGUGGGCCCGCUCGGAGACAAGACCCACGUCUCAACCAGGGUGAUGGGCACGUACGGUUACUGCGCUCCGGAUUAUGCUAUGACUGGUCAGUUGACAUUCAAAUCAGAUGUUUACAGCUUUGGGGUUGUUCUUCUUGAGCUCAUCACUGGUAGGAGAGCUAUUGACAACACUAAACCUGCUCCAGAACAAAAUCUUGUUGCUUGGGCACGGCCGCUGUUCAAAGACCGGAAGAAAUUCCGGCAGAUGGCGGACCCCGCACUGGGAACUCAGUUUCCGGUGAGAGGGCUGUACCAGGCCCUGGCCAUUGCCGCGAUGUGCGUGCAGGAGCAACCGAACAUGCGUCCCCUCGUCGCUGACAUUGUCACCGCCCUUAACUACCUCUCCGCUCAAGAGUACGGCCCGCUUUCCCUGCCCUCUCGAAGAGGCCCGUCUUCUCACAAGCCCAAACUAGAUGGGCCUGAGAAGAGUGCUAGUUCCAGUGAUGUGGGUGAGGAGGAGGAGAAGAUGGAAGAUUGAUUCAUUCAUUAAUGCAUGCAUUCUUUGAUGAAGGGCAAAAAAAACAUAGAAAUGGUAUAACAUAUAUGUGUGUGUGUGCGCGCGUGUGCGCGCGCACACACACCCACACAUGCAUACUUGGAGUAUAGAGAUUGUUGAUGGAUGAAUACCGGCCUAGAUUUUUUGUGUUGAGCGCCAUUGCUGCAAGAAUUCUGUGGUGUAUUAUACCAGUAGG